AUGUCCUUUUUGGACAUGAGUUUGGACGACGUUGGCUCUUGCCGCAAUGGCAGUGGCGUCGGCGACAAUUUCAACGCAGAUGGGUCGUCUCCUCACCCGUGCGAUGUAGAAAAACGACCAUCUUUCGUACUGGCCGCCGACUCGCCGGCGAAGGAAUUGCCAAGGCAGCGAGAUUCACUUCACCAGGAAGACAAAGGGCCUCAAGAGGAGAACGGAGGAGAGAGGGCGGUAUCACCCUCAGCGAACUGGGCCGGCACAAAUCAAGAAUGCACACAGACGCCGGAUAUAUGCAGGGAGCUGCUCUUCCACCGUGGCUUGGAGUUGCUGCAGAUGCAGGCGGAACUUGAUCGACACACCGAAGAAUGUGGGGGGAGUCUGGAAGACAUGCUGGCCCCCGUCAGGCCACACCCGACCGUUGUUCGUGCUACAGGGGAGGUGGACCUUGUUCCUCACACCCCCUCUUUGUUUGGUUCUAUGGCACGUAGCUCAUUUUUAGAGGAGAGACAGGCGAAGGAGGAUGCGGCGGCGGGUCGAAAUACGCAAACACACGCCAUGACGCUCCCGCCUUUGAAACAAAAAUCCCAAUCAUCAUCCAUGUCGAGUAUGAAAGCUAGUUUAAAGGUUCCCCCACACAAUUGGACCACGAGUUUUUCGGAACAAUACAAAAACCUGCUGCUUCAACGCGAGGAGGAGCUGCAGAAGACCGCAGAGGACUACGAGCGAUACGCUGCGGAGUUGGCGAAGCAAUUCAAACGACCCCCCGUUGUUCUCCCCGCCCAUUUAGUGAACUCCUUCGCGGACACAAACGUCAUUGAGGCAAAGGAUCACAAAGGACGGCGGGAAAUUUCCAUAAAGCCGUUUUCGGCAUCGAGUAGAAGCUUCAAUCGCAGUGAGGAAGAGUCCAACGAUGGCGCUUUGGAGAUUUUGCGAAUGCACGAGGGUGAGGAGUUGUUUUUACAACAAAGACAACAACAACAACAACAACAACAGCGGAAGCGAAAUCCAAUGAAUGCGUUUCCUCAGAGGGCUGUGAGCGAGGUGGAGGAAGAACAACCCUCACGAUUUACCAUCCAUUCGCUUUCUAACGGUGAUCUUCGUGAGCGGGACGCCCUCCGUGGGCUGCGGUACUGGGAUUCUGAGGCGCCUGCUGUGCGGAGACGUGUCCUACCGAGCCGACUGCUUGAAGAACGAACGAAUAAGGCGUUUCAUAACUAUCGCUUUUACUCCCACCGUUUUGGUACACUGUUGAAGGAACUGGCUAUUGCCAUUGGCGGUGAAGAGGGGGUCGAGCUGCUGCGUCGCUACGAAACACGCGAGGAAUCUUUGCCACUGCCGCCAAAGUGCCGGGGGGACUUUUUUGAAUCCGUUGUAGACUAUGACACGUUGUUGAGGGAGCAGGAGCGUCUUAUGGAAGCGGCUGAGAAUAACUUGAGGGAAUACUAUGGAUAUAGGCUGGAUAAAUCUCCGGUGGCAUCACAACAGCAAUCCCUGCCGUUACUGCCGCAUUAA